GUAAUCGGAAAUACGCAUGCGCAAUGAAAUUGCGGCAUAUUUAAAAAUGGCGGAUUUCCGCACUUCGAAAAUCGAAGUUAAAAGUAGAAAGUGUACAGAUGUUCUGAUUGAAGAGAUUAUAAUUUCAGCUACUGAAGCGACAACAAGUUCUUAUGAAAUUAAUGAAAACCAAAAAUGUCAUUGGGAAAAAUGUUUUAAAGAGGUUUAUGAGGGUGCUUUGCAUGAAUGUGUGUCCAUAGAUGGACAGUCAUGGAGUGAGAGUAAUGGUAAUGAUACCACAGAGUUUGAACCUGUAGAUGUAGAGAAGAAAGAAUACAUCAAUGGAGAACUGACCAAUCAGCUCCAUCAGACAGUCACAGAAGUAGCUGCAAAAAGGAAACAUUGUCCAUCAAGAUACAGGUCCUGUUUGUCGCGUCUUACUGCUAAACAGUUAUGUAAACUAGGCCAGUUGAAGGUAAUAUGUAACCCUAAAACAGAGCCUUUACCCCUACCAGAUAAUGUGUUGUCGUCACAGGAAGUUUUAGAUCGUUUGAAAGACACAGAAUCUACAUUGUCAUCAAUACUAAAGACCUCUGGAAGAGAAGUAACAAAAGCAGAGAAUUUACGAGCUGUGAUGAAAAUAAAAAGAAAUAAUUCAUCAAAAAUGAACACUUUACAGACUACACCAUCAAAGAAAAUAGAAAAACAGACAGUUUCAUCGAAAAAACUGAGAUUUUCUCCUAGAUUACACACAGUUAGUAAACCACGGACAAGGUUGAAGCUGUCGGAAUAAUAAUGUACUAUUGACAAUUAUUUUACCAGAUUAAUGCAUGUAUUUAAAUUUCAAAAUGUGCUGUGAUGCAUUUUAUGUGAUUUUUUUACAUUUAUUACCUUACUUCUUUCUGUUUAUAAUUAGAAUCUAGACUUUAUUCAUGUUGAAGGCCUCACUGUGACUUUGAGAUAAAGAACGGCAAUAAAAGCACUGUGACUUUGGCACUUUGUUUUUUGUGUGGAUUUUUUGCCGAGCAUGAAACGAUUUUGUGUGUCAUGUCCUUCUAUUGUAUUCUCUUUUUUUCUUGUUUUAAAGGUUUUCUGAAUAAGUGAUCACAGAGUCAAAUCAGGAUUCCAUUGAUUUCUUAGGGGGCAAAAAUAUCCUCUUUCAAAAGCAAGGGAAAAAGGUUAAAACAUUGGAAUAUAUUGGUACGGCAAUGCAAUUACGUAUCUAUCGUUUUAUCUUAAUAACAUUAAUUCAAAGUCAAACUGUUAAAAUUUGGUAUUCCCAUGACAUACAUAGAAUUUUACAUUAAAAUUAAAAUUUCAAAACCUCACUUUGCUCUUCAUAUAGCCAUGCCAUUUAAUUUCAAACCCUAAAAAUUUUUAUUUUUGAAAUCAAACUUGUCUUCAGCAAACUCUCUGUAGUGUUAAGCCACCACAUGAGAGCUUUAAUAGCCAGUCAAGGUCAUUAAUAACCUCAAUUAUUAUUCAUAUAGUGAUUUGACUUUCUAGCACAGUAAUUUCUGCUGCUUUUCACCAUUUGCUAAAAUCAUGUCUAUUUAAUAUUUUAGAAAUAAAAAAAGGAUACAAAAUUGAUAAGGUUCUUCUUUUUUUUAGGUCACAUUUCUCUUAUUCUUUAUAUUUAAAAGCACCCCAUUUCUCCUUUUUUUUAGUGUUUUUUACCCUUUUUUUCUCUCUUUUUAGUGUUCUUGGCCUAUUUUUCUCGCUCUCUUUAGUAUUCUUGGUCAAUUUUUCCUUAUUCUUUAUGUCCAUUUUUCUCUACAUAGUAUUGGCUGCUUAUUCUCUUCACUAUAAACCCCUUUCAGACCCUCCUACUUGCAUUUCCUGAUUAUUGGGUUUGUCAAAUGUAGAGUGCAAUGCUUGGUUAUCUGUAUUUGUUUUGUCUUAUUUUUUGUCUUACAUGUAUAGAAAGUUACAGCAGUUAAGACUGUUAAUUUCUUUAUAUAAGAACUGAUUUAAAUACAUGUAUAUUAUUGUAGCUUUUAUGUUGUAUAAAUUUAGCUUUGAUAAGAGCAGGUCAGCAAUGAAUUUGACCAUGUAUUGUGUUCUUUUUAUUUGCUGUCUACAUACCCGUAACCAGGGGGUUCAGACGAACCCCCCCACCCCA